AUGGCCGACAACCACCCCCACCACCACGACCCAUCACGGUCACCUCCCCAACUCUCCCUGUCCGAGCACGACCUCGGCCUCAACUUCAAGGCCACCUUCACCGAAGAGAUCCUCCCAUUUUCCAUAUCCGUCUCGGAGGAGUUUCUCGGCCUCACCAAACUCAAGGUCUCCCUGACGAGGUUCGUCGACGAUCAAAAUCAACCGGACCACGAAGAUGGGCCACCGCGACGUGAGGCCGAGGCCGUAGCCCGGCAUUGGUGUGAGUCGUACGACUGGAGAGCGGUCGAGGCCUCUCUCAACUCACGCCUCGAGCAAUUCACCACCAUGGUCCACACGGCCCGGACUUCACUUCACCCUUAUCCCGGGCCCAUUCCUCUACACUUUGUCCACCACCGGUCCCCACGGGCCGACGCCGUCCCUCUGCUCUUCGUCCACGGCUGGCCGGGUUCUUUCAUCGAAGUCUUGGACAUUGUCGAUCAACUCACGAAUCCGUCGGACCCUUCCCACUGUGCGUUCCACGUCGUCGCCCCUUCGAUCCCGGGGUACGGGUUCAGCCCGCCCCCACGCUCUCCCGGUUUCGGUUACCGACAGGCCGGGGCGACGUUCCACUCCCUGAUGGUCAAGUUGGGUUACGACAGGUACGUGUUCCAGGGAGGUGACGCCGGGGAUUUCAUCAACCGAUACGCCGCCGUGGAUUUCCCCGAGAGUGUCGUUUCGGGUCUGUCGAAUUUUUGGGUCGUUCCUCCUACAGCCGAUGACGUGGAGCGGUACAACGGCAGACGCAAAGGCAAUUUGGAUGACGACGGUGACGAAAAAUACACGAUCGAAUCUUACCGUCGAUUCACGACUCAAUCCUGGGCUUACGGUCACCUACACCAGACCCGCCCAUUACGUCUGGCGGUGGGACUCACAGAUAGUCCCGUCGGGUUGGCAAUGUGGAUUUAUGAUUCUGUCCGAACCGGAGUCGACGACCCGGACAAGAUUUGGACCCCUGACCGUGUCGUCACUUGGACCAUGAUGCACUGGAUCAAUGGACCUUACGGGGCUUUUGGGUUGUACAAGAACGGUGCCAAGGACGGUGCGAUCUCACCGACGGGUAUAAACUUGUUACCCUACGUCCAUCAACCGGUGGCCAUCUCAGAAUUCCCGUACGAUCUGUGGUACCGUACGCCUUUGGAGUGGGCUCGAAGAGGUGGCAACGUCAAGUAUCGUACCGUCCAUGAUCGAGGGGGUCAUUUUGCGUCUCUGGACGCCCCGGAUCUACUCGUUGACGAUAUCCGGCGGUUUUUCGGGGACAGGGAGGUGUCUAAUACGAAAGUGUUUUUUCGAGAAUGAGAAAAAUUAAAUACAGUGCACUUGAGGAUCGCAGCCAAGGGGGAAAGUCCACAACUGUGACAUGAGUAUCAACAUGGCAUGAGAAACUUCUGGAAGUAUAGUAUACAAGUAGUGUCGGCGUUGGUAUUACAUCUAGAAUAUCACUAGCAAAAGAUCCGAG